GUCAAAAAACGUCAUCACGGAAAGUCCACAUAAUCUUUUCCAUGUAGAUAUAUCUUUUUAAAAGUUUAUAGGUGCAAAAUAUGAUAGUCACUACACAUUGAAUUAUAGUCUAAUUACCGAUAGGACAUUAUUAACACUACUAGAAAAAAUGAGGUAUUGGGUAUUUAUUCUAAGUUUAGGUCUUUUCCAAUUUUCAUUAGGAACAGAAUUAACAUUCGAACUGCCCGAUAGUGCCAAAGAAUGCUUUCACGAGGAAAUUAAAAAGAAUACAAGUUGUACGUUAGAAUAUCAGGUUGUAACUGGAGGAAAUUAUGACGUAGAUGUAGCUUUAGAAGAUCCCAAAGGCAAUAUAUUAUAUAAACAAGUCAAAAUGCAGUUUGACUCACACACUUUUGUAUCUCAGGACCAUGGUAUCUACAAAGUAUGCUUCAGCAAUGAAUUCUCCACUUUUUCACAUAAACUUGUAUAUAUGGAUUUCCAAGUUGGAGAGGAGCAACCCUUACCUGGAAUUGGUGAACAUGCCACUGUUUUAACGCAGAUGGAAUCAUCAGCCCAAGAAAUCCACAAAUCUCUGAAUACGAUUUUGGAUUACCAAACACAUCAUCGGUUACGAGAAGCCCAAGGCAGGAAACGCGCCGAAGAACUGAACGAAAGGGUGCUCUGGUGGUCAAUCAUGGAAACUUUGGCAGUUAUUACUAUUGCUUUCGGGCAGGUAUUCGUUUUGAAGAACUUUUUCACGGAAAAGAAACCUUACACGCAAUUCAAAUAAACUUUGUGACCUAAACCAUUUUGUACCUUUUUCUUCUUUAAUAUAUUUAUAAAUUUUGG